AUCACCGCCUCACAAAUGCCGAAGCACGAGUUUUCCAUAGACAUGGCCAGUGAAGACUGAGCUGAUGCGGUCCCUCAAUUCCUCAACACUGGAGGAGUUCAGUUUGAGAUCGACCUGCCCAGCAAGAAGGUUUUCAUCAAGUCUGAGCACAGCGUGGAUACUCUGUUGGAGACCCUGCGGAAAAUAGGGAAGACCGUUACCUAUCUCGGCCUCAGAAUGGCCGUGACUUCCAGUUCAGAUGAUAAUCAUAGAGAGAACUUUCGCGAGAGGCUUCUGAAAAUUGAUGUAAACCUGGGGGAUUGUGAGGUGGAACAACUAAAGUUUCUCUGCCGAGACUUUGUCCCCUCCAGGAAGCUGGAGGAAUCCAGCUCCGCCAUGGAUAUUUUUCAUCAUCUCUUGGUAGGGGAGCUGCUGAGUGAGGAAGAUCCCUUCCUCCUAGCAGAACUCCUCUAUAUCAUGAAGCAGAUCUUACUGCUGAAGCACCUCAACUAUACCAAAGAACAAGUGGAGAGUUUGCUGCCCACCCGAAAAAGGGUCUCUCCAUUCAGAAACCUGCUCUACGAACUGGCAGAAAACAUCGACUCAGAGAACUUAAAGAGCAUGAUCUUCCUUCAGAAGGAAUCGAUGCCAAAAAUCCAGUUGACCUCUAUAAGUUUCCUGGUACAUAUGGAGAAACAAGCUCUAAUAGAUGAAAAUAAUCUGGCGGUACUGGAGGAUCUCUGCGCAAAAGUUGCACCUCAUCUUACAAGAAAGAUAGAAAAAUAUGAAAGAGAGAAAGCCUCCCAGGUAGUGACAUCUCCGGUAAAAAAGGAAACCGAAUCAUUGCCCCAAGGAGAGGAAGAAGUAUUUUCCAGUUCAAACUUUAAACAAGUCCAUGGAGCCGUACAAGAGGCAGCUGUGUACCGGAUGAACCGGAAAUUUAGAGGUCACUGUGUUAUUAUUAACAACCACACCUUUACCUCAACCUUCCUGCAAGAAAGGGAAGGUACCAAUAAAGAUGCAGAGUGCCUGAAGCUUGUGUUUCAGUGGCUUGGGUUCCGUGUAAUAAUAAAGGUUAAUGUGACUAAAAAGGAGCUAGAGGAGAUUCUGCAAAACUAUAAGAGACGUUCAGACCUUGAUGAUGGAGACUGCUUUGUAUUCUGUGUUCUGACCCAUGGGCAAUUUGGAGCUGUUUACUCUUCCGAUGGGGUCCUCAUUCCCAUUCGGAAGAUCACGUCUCACUUCACAGCCCGGGAGUGCCCUGGUCUGGCUAACAAACCCAAACUCUUUUUUGUCCAGGCCUGUCAAGGUGAAGAAAUACAACCUUCCAUAUACAUUAAAACAGAUGCAAUAAAUCCUGAGUUGACAAACCCUCCCCUUCAGGACAGCGUUCCUGAUGAGGCAGAUUUCCUUCUUGGCCUGGCUACUGUCCCUGGCUACGUAUCCUUUCGGCACAAGAAGGAAGGUAGCUGGUAUAUUCAAUCUCUGUGUAAUCAUUUGAAGGACUUGGUACCAAGACAUGAAGAUAUCUUAUCCAUCCUCACUGCUGUCAAUGAUGAUGUGAGUCGACGAGGUGGAGCAAAGAAACAGAUGCCUCAACCUGUUUUCACACUGCGUAAAAAAGUUGUAUUCCCUGUGCCACAGAAAGAACUCUCAUAAUAAUAGAGAGUUUUCAUUGGUUCUUCGACUUGAAAGGAACCUUUUGUCAUCUCUUCCAACUUCCCACCCAGCGUAGGAAUCAAUGACAGAUGGUUAGCUGGCCUCUAUCUGUCAUUCUUGUAAUAAAAAUGCCAUUUUCUGGCACAGCAAA